AUGCCUCUGCCUUUCUACUACAAUGGCUACUAUGUUCCUUUCGGCCAACCACCGGGUUUUCCACCACAUUUUCAUAACGGCUAUACCAGCUAUACCAAUGGUUGGAUGGAUCCUCCUAACUUCCGGCCUUUACAUUCUAGUGCCCUGCCUCCGUCUCCAGUGGCUGACCAAGACUCUAGCCCUGUCGAUGUCUACUGGAGGAGACGGUUGGCGCCUUUACCAGGAUACAGCUCACCUCAAGAUCUUCUCGGUGGAUUAGCCCGAGCAAAUGAGGACAAAGUGUCUGCUGUGACUAUCAAAAAGCCUCCUGAGUCCAGAAAAAAUCGGGCGAGAACGAAGCGCAAGCAAGAACACGGUGCCAAGGGUAAGGAGACGCUCGCGGAAGUGGGAGUAACGUCACCCAAGGGCCCCCCCUCAUCCGGUGUGAAGCCUUUACCUCUUGACAAAUAUGCGGACGUUUUUAUACCCGAGUACCUUCGAGACAUUCAAAGGCUGUCGCAUCGCUUCAACCCUCUUCCCCCAUUACCGAUAUUCCCUUCCCCCUCUUAUUGUGUUGGAAUUUGUCCCAAUGAUAUGAUUAAUACUCUCAGCAACGUAUAUCAUCCCGAUCUCCUGUCCUUUGCCCCUCCCGAGCGUACCCUGCAAUUGCCGGGACUUACUGCUGAGAGAUACCGCGAACACUGGAACACACUCCUGGCAUGGGAACUUGACCAGGUCGCCGUUGAAAAAGAACAGGUAGUGCUAUGGCAAGUGGACGUGCGCGUCGUUGAUUGGAGGCAGUCCCAUUUUUCUUUGGUGGUUGCCGGCAUUCGUGAAAGCCACCCCCACCUCGAAGUGGAUGACUUGAUUCAUCUGAAGCAGGUCCUCGUCGAGGAGAAACGAGGGAGUGGGCUGGCCUUUGAGGGUCGCGUUCUCACCCUUCGAAAGAGAGAGGGGUUCAUUCAUUUCUUUUGUCCUGAAUUGAAAAAACAUAUGCAGAUUUAUAUCCCGCCAGUCUGGGGACGCCCCAUUGAAAAUGGGUUUCCUGUGUUCACUCCAGAAGACUCUUUCAAUCUAUUCUUCAAUGUCUCUUUCACGCCUAGUGCUCGCUCUACCAUCAGGAUGAAUGUAGCGACUAACAUCAUGGCAGAAGCACUGACCUCAAAUAACAGCAAAACUCAUUCGUUUUCUCAUCGGUGGUUAUUCCCUGAGGCUGAAGAUAUACAGAUGAUGCCGCCUUGGACGAGGGCUAUUACUUCGCCACCGGAAGAAAUUUGGAUCGAUGAUGGUUUGAAUAGUGAACAGCGGCCUUGCUUGUCUCUUCAUAUCAAUCUCCGGUCCCAUUUCUCAUUAGGGGACCUCCUGGCACUGGUAAAACGAGGCGAGUUUUCCCACCCAUUCAAUUAUAUUGGUUAUUCACGUCUUCCUUAUCAUAGAACCGUAGUAGAAAUAGUGCAUCAAAUUCUCCGCGCCAAACCUGACGCCCACGUUCUUGUCUGUGCUCCCUCGAACCCCGCUACCGAUACCCUUGCGCAACGACUCGGAAAAGUCCUCAAACCUGCUGAGCUCCUUCGUCUUAAUGAUCAAAACCGAACAUUUGCUGAGGUUCCUGAUUCCAUCCGACAAUUUUGCUACGUGGAAAAUGACAAGUUUUCGAUACCUCCCCUCAAGACCUUGAUGCGGUGCAAAGUUGUAGUGACCUCGUGCCUCGACGCUGGAAUUUUGACCGGCGCUCGCUGCACGAAUAACAUCCUGGGAAUGUUGGAGCACUCCGUUGUCAAUGCCAUACACCCAACUCGUGCCUGCCUGAUUAAACCUCACUGGACUCACCUCCUGAUUGAUGAGGCUGCGCAAGGGUCUGAGCCUGAACUGCUAGUUCCGAUAUCUGUCGUUCUUCCCUUCUCCGAUCCAGAAGACAAGGCGUCGCCAGAAGUUAGCGUGACCCCUCAGCUUGUACUAUGCGGGGACCCGAACCAACUGGGCCCAAUCAUAUUUUCUGAUCACUGCCGCUCGAACGAUCUCGACAUCUCGCUUCUCGAACGCCUCUUUGAACGCCCUUUGUAUACCAAUGAACAAUGUUCGAUCUACAAACCAUUUGUUAACCUUGUAAAGAAUUACCGCAGCCACCCAGCGAUCCUGAUGCCUCCCUCCGCUUUGUUCUACAAUGACACAUUGGAGCCAUGUGCACGCGGAAACGGUGUCGUUGCGUGGUCCGGGCUUCCGAAUGACAAGAUCCCGCUGAUGUUCAUUGGGAGCACGAGUUUAGAAGAGUGUAUUGACGAGCGAGAGACGUGGUAUAACACAGGCGAGAUAGACCUCGUGGUGAAUACCAUCAAAAGCCUACUGGCCGAAGGGGCUAGGUCGGUGCCACCUCUUGCUUCGAAGCAUAUAGGAGUGAUAGCGCCGUGGAGAGAACAGGUGUGGAAGUUGCGGGAGAGACUGCGGGAGGAACGAUUAGGUCAGGUUGACGUUGGGACUGUCGAAGAUUACCAGGCAAGGGAAAUGAGGGUAAUCAUCAUGUCUUGUGUACGAGCGAGGGAGAGAUUUAUCGAAGAGGAUAGCGAGAAGGGACUGGGACUUAUCCAUGAAAGAAAAAGGAUGAAUGUCAGUAUCACGCGAGCAAAGGAGCUGUUGAUCGUCAUUGGUAACGCAGAGCUCAUGGGGCGAGAUCCUUAUUGGAAACAUUUCUUGCAGUUUGCCCUAAGGAAUAAGCUGUAUGUUGGUCCAGACCUAAACAUUGAAAUAGAUGGAAAUUAUAUAUCCAGACUGGAAUCUCGGAUGAUGACUGAGGGGUUGAACGAGGAAGAACAGGGAGUUUUAACUGCUGGAGGUUUGGCGCGAGAACUCUUGCGGGAGGUACCAGCUUGA